AUGAAAAUAUUUGCCAUUUUUAUUUUAAUCUACUAUAUGUAUGUAAUAUGUUUAAGAGAUAAUGAUGGAAUAAAAAAAAGAGAGAAAAAAAGCGAAAAAAAAAGAGAGAAAUAUAGAAUUUUAUAUGGAGAGGAAUGUAAAAAGAAUCAAAUAUCAUUAGCUAGCCAUUUGAAUAAAAAUAGUUACAAUUGUAAUAUUAAUAAGAAAUACAAAAAUAGACGAAUUAAAGGGUUUAUUAACAAUUAUUCAUAUGGUAUAAAAUUGAAACCAAAAUUGAAUGAUAAAGAUAAAGAUAAAGAUAAAGAUAAUGGCAAGGAUAAUAUCCAUUUUUGUGAAAAUGCAUUUAUUAGAAAUAAUAAACUAUAUAAUACAAAAAAUAAAAAUGAAAUUCGAAACAAUGCAUUAUAUUAUUUUAUGGAAAAUAAAGAACUACAAGAACUACAAGAAGAUGAUUCCAAAAUAAAAUCAAUAAAAAUGAAAAAAAAAAAUAAAUAUUUAUUUAAAUUAUUGGCAAAGAUGCCAGUAAUUACAGUAAAUAAAAAAUUAUAUCCAAAAGAAUUCAGCACAGAUUAUGAAAAUGUUUUGAGAAAAUUUAAUGUAACAUAUAUUAAUUAUAAAACUAGAUUAAGGAAUAAACCAGAAAUAGAUAUUAAAAGUAUAGAUGAUUUGUAUGGACAAAUUUAUGAUAGAGAUGUUUUGAAAAAACAAUUUUAUUUUUUUUUAUAUCAUGAUGAUAUAAAUACUUGUUAUAAAAUUUUGACAGAAAAUCCAAAUGUAUUAACAAGAGAAGAAUCAUUUAAAAUUUUAAAUUCAUUACCAUAUAUUUUUGUUAAUAAAUUAAAAUAUAUUUAUCCAAAUGAACAAAAUGUUGAUAAUAUUUUGAAAAAACUGAUAAAAACAUAUAUUUUCCAACAUGGUAAUGAUAAAAAUAUAGAUUAUUUAAAUUUUAAAUAUCGUUACAAUGAGUUAGAUGACUUUUGUGCAAAAAUUGCAUCAGAAGAAGAAGAAGAUAAAAAAAAUGGUUCUACAUCUAUUUUGUCAGAAAAAAAAACGGGUUCUGAACCUGUAAAUGAUAUUUAUGAUAAUGUGUGUGAUUCUGAUUAUGAAAAAAAAUAUGCAAACAUGUCUUAUGAAUAUGAAAUAAUAGAAAAAACAAAAAAAUAUAAAGAUUUGAUAGAAAGAUUUAAAAAAUAUCCAAAUCAUAUUAAACUUGAAAAAGUGCAAUUAUUAUAUACAAAAAUAUUAACUAUGAAAGGAACAAAAAUAGCUGAAGCUUUUCGAAAACACGAAAGCACUAAAAAAAAUAAAGAAAGAAAAAUAUAUAGAAAUAGUAGACUUAGAAUAGAUCCCAAUAAACUUACUCCAUAUUUAAAUGAACCAAUUAAAUAUGAUCCAAAAGAAAAAGAAAGAAUAAAUAAGCUAUUUGAAGAAUAUGUAAAUAAAAAAAAUUUAAUAAAAUCAUCAUUAAUAUUAAGAAAAUAUACAAAUUUAAUAGAUACAAAAGAAAAAAAAAGUCAAGAUAUUAUGAAAAAAUAUUUAAAAUUACAUGAGUAUAUAUAUAAAGCUAAUAAAUAUACAGAAGAUGAAUUAAAACAUUUAAGAAUGGUAUAUUAUUCAACAGUACAAAAACCACGCGUUUUUAGAAAAAUAGCUGAAAUAGGAUUGAGAAGCCAAGGAGAAAAUGUUACACAUAAAGAAAUUUAUGAUGCAGAGUUAAAUAGAUAUUUAAAAGAAAGAAAUGAAAUAAGAGAUCAAAGAAUGAAAUUAAAAGGUUUUGAUAUGGAUAAAAUAAGAGAUUUUUCUUCUGCUUAUUCUAUGGAAUGGUUGCCAGUUAUAUAUAAAGAUGCAUUUGAUAAAUUUGAAAAAGAAAAAAAUUCAAAAAAUUCAGAAAAUUCGAAAUAUACAAUAAAUAAAAAAAAAGAAACUAUUAAAAAGUUAUUUACACCAACAGGUGAUAAAAAUAUAAAUGAAUCCAAAUCUGAUAAUGAAGAAAAAGAAAAAAAUCAAAAAGGAAAUGCAAAUUAUGAUUUCCUAAAUGGAAGGGAUGAAAUGAAAAUAGGAAGAAAUAUAUUAAAUUAUAAAAAAAAAACCAGAGGAAAAAUUAGGCAAAAUAAAGAUAAGUCAACUAAGGAUACGGUAGAUGAAAAAAAUAACAAUACAACUGAAUAA